GGUUCCUCUUUGAUUCCUUACCCAACAACAUCUCUGAAAGUUUGCCCACUAGAUCCGGUCCCAUCUGACUCAAGCCAGCUUCAACAUGUCUUUCUUCAAGAAGUUGACCGAUAUUGGGGAUGACCUGGGCCGUUUGGGUCUCGGGCCCAAGGGCGAGCACAAGCAGGAGGCACCAGCUGCCCACGGAGGUCACUACCCUCCCGCUCAGCAUCCGCCCCAGGGAUAUGGUCAGCCGACGCCGCCGGCUGAGAAGCCCGAGAGUUCCUAUCCUCCACAGCAGUAUCAACCAAACUAUGCCACUCCGUCGCCCCAGCCAACGCCAUCGGCUCACCAUGCUCAAGCCGGCCCUGGCCCGGUCCCGCCUUUCACGCCUCCUGCCGACAAGCCACAGCUUCCGGCUGGCUGGAUUGCCCAGUGGAGUAAUCAGCACCAGCGCUGGUUUUACGUUGAGGAGGCCACUGGCCGCUCGCAGUGGGAGGCCCCUGGCUAUUUUCCCGGGCAACCACCUGCCGCGGAUGCCUCCCGGCAGCAUAGCUCGCCCCAGCCCCCUGCAUACGGCGGCGCUACUCCGUAUCAAGAUGCCUCCUACCAACAUGGCGCGGCCCCGCCCCCUGCCGGAUACGGUGCUUCUCAGUAUCCGGAGCAACACGGGGCGCAUGGCUCGCCCCAGCCACCUGCCGGAUACGGCGCUCCUCCGUAUCAAGAUGCUUCCCGCCAACAUGGCUCGGCCCCACCCCCUGCUGGAUACGGCGCGCCUCCGCAUCCGGAGCAGCACGCACCAGCCGCCGCCCCGCCCGAGGACAAGGGCAAGAAAGGGGGCGCCGGCAGCCUGCUUCUGGGUGCCGCCGGCGGCCUGGCAGUCGGGGCCAUUGCCGGCGGGGUAAUUGGACACAAACUCGCCAAGAAGAAGUCGCAUGAUGAGCAUGAGCACGAGGGCCACCACGGGGCCUCACAUGGUUCUCAUGGCUCUUCGUCCGAAGCCGCCACCUCGCAUGCUGCUGAGACUGACAGUGAGGACCGCGGGGGCAGAAUCAAUAUCAAUAUCUUCUCUCGCAAGAAGCACGGCAAGAGUCACGGCGGCCACCAGAGCCAGCCGUACUACGGGGGUGGAUACGAGGGAGCUGAAGAGGAAGAGUCCUCCUCGGAGGAAGAAGAGGAGGAAGAGGAGGAAGAGGAUGAUGAGUAAGGGAAGUAUCGAUGAGUGCUGAUCAUGAUGGUCAUCUGGAUAAGUUUGUGGUUUGGACAAACGCGUUCUCUCACGGAUUCGCUUUAGUUUGUUGUAGGUUGCCCGAGAUUGAAAUAACAAGAGCCCAUUUUGAAUAUAAAGCCCGGAACAACGUAUCGUUGGGAGAAUAGCACCUUAUAAUUCGAUC